AGUGGAGUCAGUGCCGUCAGUGGAGUACUGGAGUGCAGCAGUGCGCCGUGCGUUGCAUUGUGAUGAGAAUCGCUUGGUAGUGCCGAUUUGUUUGCAAUAAUGAUACUCUCACGAGGAUUAAAUUUAUUAAAAGUCACUUAUAGAAGUAGCCAAAGUAAAACCGCCGCGACGAAUCUGCGCUCCGUUAGGCUAUCCCACGGUGUUCAUGUAUAUCGAGAUAUCCCACCAGAAGACAAGAAAUGGGUGUACACAGCUGAAUUUUUCGGAGGUAUAAUGUGGUGGUGGGUACUGUGGCAUUUCUGGCACGACUUCGGCCACAUUGUCGGAGAAUUCCCGUAUCCGGAUCCAUCCAUGUGGACAGACAAGGAAUUAGGUAUACCGCCAGAUGAUUAUGAACCCGAAAGUCAUGUGUCAUAGAUAAUUUUACAACUGUGUUACAUGAAGGUAAAAAAAUAUAUUUAUCAUUAUACCGAAAUAAGAAUCUGCAAGGUUUUAACAUAGAAUAAAAGUGUUAUGUUUAUAAAACGUUAAAAUAUAAUUAUUUUGUUUUU